UUAACCCUAGCCCCAUCUUUUCUACUCUCCCUGUCGCGAUCGGGUGCUGCAACUUCGGCCGACUCAAAUUCUCAUACGGUUGGUCUUCUUCGUCUUCUGCUUAUAUGUGAACGUACAUAUGCGACCGGAUCAUUCUGUUAGGCACUUGGUUUGGAGAGGAUGCACAUGUGCCUGAGCCACCAAUGAAUGUUGUCAACCUUGAAGACUAACCAAACAGAGUUAUAGAUGCAAUGAAUAUUGAUGAUAUUUUUUCAGCAAGUUCUUCAACUGAGGCUCAUCCAAUGACUCCAUCACACACAUCUAGAUCUUUGGGGAAGAGGUCACUUGAAGGGUCUGUUAAUAGGAGUUCCAGCAAGAAGCAGACAAUGACCAGGGUAGAUGAGCAUGAUAUUAUGAUGAGGCUGUUUAAUGUUGUGGAGACACUUGCUGCUGUUAGGGAUGCACCACCACCAACUGCUACUGCUGUCGAAGUUAAAACCACAACUCAUGUCGCUUUUAAGAUACUUAAGAAAAUGAGGAAGGAGCUUGGUAUUUCUAAUGAUUUAUAUCUAUUCGCAGCUGACUUGUUUGCAGACAAUUAUGUGAAGGAGUGCUUCAUCGAAUGUGAAGAAGAUCUGCGUUUGGCAUAUCUUGAGAGGAAGUAUGCACAACAUCUGACCAAGACGGACAUGAGUGGUGUGAACAGUAUUACGAUGGAUGAUGAUGACAGUGAAGCACGCCGUAGAUGGAGUAAUGAUUUUAUACUCGUUGCGAGUGUCACUGCAGCUGCUAUGUACUAUGGCAUAUCAAAGGAGGCGUGCAACUUAUAUUGAUAAGGUGCCGAGUAGAACAUCUGCUUUACAAGGUGUUGAUUGGGUUGCUGAAUUCUUACAUGGACACCCCGAUUGAUGGCACCAAAAUUUUCGGAUGAUGAGAGAAAUUUUUAGAGAACUAUGCCAAUAACUAAGGGACAAAUACAUGUUACCAAUAACAUUCCAAUUCUAGAAAUGGUUGGUGUGUUUCUUUUCAUUCUGGGUUAGGGUUAGGGUGUUGGUGAUAGAUUGGUGCAAGAAUAUUUUUAGCAUUAUGGAGAAACUGUGUUUUUGACAAAUAAAAAGAAAAACUGUUAGUAAGAUUUUUAAAUUUCAAGGAGGAUUUGCAUA